AUGAAGUUGACUCUGGCUUGGGAGCGGUAUACUCAGAAGAUCGUCCUCCACUGUUCGAUCGUCACAGCGCCUAUGCUCGUCUCAUCCCUCGUCAUACUAUACAUUGUCUAUGCCAACGUCGUCACCCCGAGCUGUGCUUCGCAAGAGCUGUGUCCAGCGUCUGGCCUCAUUAACACCACGUCCCGCGCGUUUUACUACAUUGACUUUCCUGCCGCACAGUUGGCUUUCGUGUCAUCAUGGUCAGCGACUGUCAGCUUUGCCCUCGUGGGCUUUCUUAUGGCGUUUGCGUCGUAUGCGAAUGCAGCUGCGCUUCUAAAGGCUUCGGAAGGGGAGGAGCAGGACGAUCUGCCAACUCCGCAUCAGAUGAGCGUGCUCUUGAGAGUCCUCAAUGCCGAGAUGAUGAUAUUGUGGGACCUGGCUACUGUGAAGGUGAAGAAUGUGUUCUGGCACCGGGAAAAAGAAGCGGACACUGUGAAGCGUUCAUCGCCUAUUCUCAAUACAAGUGUCGUAGUCUUGCUUGUUAGUAUCGUUGCUAGUCUCUUGGUUCAGGUUGCCGACAUAUACUUCCACAUUGCCGCAGAAGCAGUCCAGCUCGUCCAGGUACAAGAGGUUGCGUCGAUUUCUCGUCAAUACAGUAGGGAAAUCGCACCCUGGUGCCGCGAUCGCCCCGAGAACGGUCCUCUUGGACCCAAGACCUUUUGGGGUUGCGCAAUCACAGCCCAGAGAGCGGCAAACAACGGCACUUCCCUCGCCCCCACCAAUGCAACCACAAUCCAGGACAUGAAGAACUCCGUCUCAGAUCAACAUGAAACUUUGAACUUUACCAACGCAAAUGGUGUACAGUAUGCUGUUGUCGGCCCACCAAACGCAGAUCCAGCAGAAGACUACAAAGCUACCAGCUUUGGGGUCUCAACUUCGUGUGCGGCUAUUCCUCAGGGUGGAUGCGAAGUUGGACCACCGAUCACCAAUGUCACAGAUGGACAAGGAAGUCCAGUCAUGUUAGUACCUUUUUCCUGCAGCAAGAACAGCUCCGGGAUUGACAUCGUCGGUAACUUGACGAGCCAUAACACGGUGACCAAUAUGCUCAACUUCCAUAAGUAUGCUUCAGAGAGCUCUCCGUUCCUGAGUAAAAUCAUGGAAACCCCGGACGGUCUCUCGAAUGUCGAUAUUCUCACACGAAUCCAAAAUGAGACCGCGGAUGAGGUUUUUCGUAAUUCAUGGUCGGUCCUGGCCCUCCGAAAGAUUCCGUUCGCGCAACAGGCAGACUUCGAACGGCUGCCGAAGCCGUUUCGUAAUGAUACUAGAAUCUGGAAGCACGACUUACUUGGCGCUUUUGCCCUGAUGGUGUGCAAUGUGACAGUCUGGGACAUAACAUACGUAAAAGCCGGAGGGCAAAUCACGUCGCUGACAAAGUCGCUCAGCAACGGAUCUAUCGCGGGCAUGACUAGCAUGCCUGGGACGCGCUUUCUCGGAACCCUCGCCAACGUCUUCCAAGACCUAUCAACUGGGCCAGAGUCUCGCAGCUCACCGUCAGCUUUCAUACGUGCAUUCGAGAUCGGGAUGAGUAAAGCGUACUCUUUCCCGCUUGCAUCCCAGUUGAGCAGUCGUGCGAGUCUAGCCGCCCAAGUGAGGAGCUCGAAGGUCGUCACGAGGCUGCCGGUUGCUGCACUGUGGACGCUGGUGGUUGCGAACGUGGGAUUUGCAGCGUUGGGACUCGGGCUGGCGAUUUGGGCUAUGAGGCUUGCGAGUCCGGAUGUGCAUCAAACGCAGAUGAGGUUGGGGGUGGCCGGGCUCGCAGCGGCGCUUUUCGAUCGCGAGAAGUUUGAGCAGUCUGCCAACGCGGAUGAUGCGCUUUUCGCGGAGAAGAGCGGAAAUGAGGGGGUCGAUGUGAAAAGAAUUGGUUUUAAGCGGACGGAGACUGGUGGGUCUACUUUUGCGGUUUAUGAUGCGAGGUUCAGGUUCGCGGAGGCGAAAGAGAUGCGGAAGAGGUAUUUUAGUAGUAUAGUGGGCUAG